CAUGAUUCCCACUUCGUAUGUAUUUGGUCACGAAAGUGUAAUAGAUGAGGUAGCUACAAACAUGGCCGCGUUUAGUGCAGCACGGUGCCUCUUUAGGAGCUAUUCUCUUGUCAAAAAUGUCGAUCAAAACACAGGAAUACUUAUCAGAUGUAGCAGAAGGAUGUUGUGCAGUGCACCGUCUGACAGCAGUUCUCCAGAUGCCCAUGUGAAGCCACAGUUUAUGGAUUCAGAGGUGCAGGACAUCCUAACCAGAAUCACAGGCUUGAACCUGGAGAAGGUGUUCAGACCCAUCAAACAGGAGCUGAAGCCCCCCAAGUACAAACUCAUGACAGACGCACAGCUGGAAGAGGCGACCCAGAGUGCCAGGGAGCAGGCCCAGAGGCUGCUGAAGAUGCCUCCAGUGCUGCCGGAGAGGAAGCCCAUCAACGAUGUCCUGUCUGAGGACAAGAUCCUGGAGGGCAUGGACACAGCCAAAUACGUCUUCACUGACAUCACCUUCAACAUACCACACAGGGAGCGGUUCAUAGUGAUCCGGGAACCCACUGGGACUCUGAGGAAGGCAUCGUGGGAGGAGAGGGAUAGGAUCCUGCAGGUCUACUUUCCUAAAGAGGGCCGCAGGCUCACAGCACCCCCUGUCUUCAAGGAGGAGAACCUGAAGAUGGUGUUUGGCCAGGAUCGUCAUGAGGAUAUGUUGGAUCUGUGCCAGGUCCAGUUUGAACCUGACUCCUCAGAAUACAUCAGGGUGCAUGCAGCCACCUAUGAGGAUCUAGAGAAGAUGGGGAAGUAUGAUCUGCUGCGCUCCACCAGACACUUUGGAGGCCUGGUCUGGUACCUGGUCAAUGCCAGGAGGGUGGACGGACUCAUGAUAGACAUGCUGCAGAAAGACCUGUUGCAGGAUGCAGUGAGUCUGGUAGGUCUGUUCAACAAGGUCCAUCCACACAGUGAGACAGCCCAGGAGGCCUCUAGCCAACAGGCCUACGGACUGGACCUGCUCAAGAUUUACGCUAAGCGGGAGUCCCAGAGGGCAGGAUACGUAGAGCUGGCCCUGCAGGCCUACGAGCAGACCUCCGCAGAGAGCACCGUCUGACCGUCAUGCAUCACAACACCAACCACAGGACAGCUGUGUCACAUCACAGCAGAGUUCAGUCUGACUGCCCCAUACACCUUACACCAACAGAGCUGUGACAUUAUCCCCAAUGGCCUGCCUAUCCAUGAUCAAAACUUUCAUCAACUGGACAAUUUCGGUGAGCAAAGAGAAUAACUUAGUCCUUGAACUAUGAAGCUCAUAUGAACCACUUGCAAGCCAAGUGUCCAUUGGAAAUAAAUGGCAUCAAAAUGUGCACAUAACUGGGGUCCUUCAAGUUUCAGUCUUUUAUCAUUUGGUGGAAGGGCACACGAUGCAGUGCAGAUAUUCACUUCUGCAGUUCAACCUUGUCAUUUGUCCAUAACCUUAAUCAUACUGUAUCACAUUGGAACUGAGUAAGCUGUUUAAUUAUCAUGAUGUAUUUACAGUCAAAAUAAAAAUGUCUUUAUUUACAGUC